AUCGUGAUGUAGUUGAUGUAGUAGUGGAGACAUCGUAUAAGACAUACUUCAAGGGACCUUACUACAAUUGGGUAUGACUCCACGAGAAGUCAAGGAAAGAUGGUGGAAUGCUUUCAAGCAAGAGUUCUCUUGGGAUCCAUCGGUAGCUUCAUUGGUAAAGAAGGAAUGGCAAUCAAAUUGUGCGAGGCGCCUUAGUGGUAUAGUGUUAAAGGUUUGCUCAGAUCCAACAUAUAGUGCUACUUGGUGUGCUCCCAGUUUAAGAGAACGUAUGAAAGAAAUGAGAAAAAAAGAUGAUGAUUUCAUAAGGAGAAGUAACCAAUGUUCUAAAAACAGAUUGAGCAAUGAAAAUCAAAAGGUUCACCAUCGUCAAUGUUCCAUUUCGACUGAGGAAGUGAAGCUCAAACUGGAGAAGAAACUUAAGCGUACACCCACAGCAGCUGAGCUAUAUUACGAUGGUCAUGCUGGUAAUGAUGGUCAAUUUGUAAACACUAAGGCAGAAGAAGUGUGGGUAAGCGUCAUUUUUGGUUAUUCACACUUAGCGAUCUUGUAUUUGCUUUUUUUUUUUUUUAAAUGGUAACACUAAUCUGAGGUUAUGAUGGACAUUAUUCUAUUUUCAAACAUGUAAGUGGGUGUAUCUUGAAGUGAUCAAAGGAGUUAUGAUUUGUGAUGGUAUAUUUGGGAGAAGCAAA